UUGUAAUAUUUACCACGACGCGACGUUGGCGCGUCCUACUAAUCCUGUGCUUCACCCUUAUUUACGACUGAUAGUAGUCUUUGUACCUUAUCCCAUUCAUAAAACUUCCAAUUUAUCACAAACAAAGCUCCUAAUUCGCGAUUCGUUUGCGCGCAAAGCUGCUCUGAAACGUGCUUCAAUUAAAAUUUUCAAUUCCAGUCAAGUCACCGGAAAUCUUUUGUCGCAACAAAAUUGGCUUAUGUUGAUAGUACGAUAUAAGGAUUAAAGGAUUAGCAAGUUUGCUCUGAUAAAAACAUGCAGAUGUAUGGGUUAAACGGCUUUUUAAAGAUAAAGUGAAACUCGAAGGCGCCGAUCGGAAACGCGCUUCUUGGUAGUAGCAGCCAUCUGGAAAAUAUCAGACGGUUCCCAUAAUUUGACUCGAUUUUCCAUUAAUCAGCCGAAUUACUGACGAAUUUUAAACAACCUUGUUUUUAUCGUAGCCUGAUUUAUUUUGGCGGAAUCUGUUAUGUCAUGUCAAAAAGAUUCCUCGUUGUAGAUAGUUGAGUGGGAUCUCAGUUUUCGAUUUUUUUUUAUUUUGGUAGUAUUCAGAAUAGUGGUUGAUAUGGGUCAGUUUAGAACGGUGUUGGUUGUGGUGGUGGUUGGAGGAUUAGGCCGAAAUCAGGCUAGCGUCGUGGGUAAUUCGACUGCAACAGAAACCACAAUCCAGGAGUGGUGCCCUUUAUCCAACCUCACCGUCACCCCCGACUUCGACACCAUCUACAACUACAUCAACCUGAAACUGUCAUGGAACAAAAUCGACAACAACAACACAGUGUCCAUCAGCAUCAUCCAGCAACCCGACUCUAAGUACGACUGUUUGGCAGAAAUGCACACCUUUGACCACUCUUUACUCAACAACAGCAUCUUGCAGUCGGAUAUGGUCACCUCAUCAGGAGAAGUCAAUCCCGGUUGUUCCUACACGAUCUACAUAUUUUCAGAAUACGAAAAAGGGGAGCAAAUUAACUGUGAGUUUAAUUACACUUUGCCCGACUGCGUGGAAAGCAAGUGUGAUUGUGAUAAGUAUGAGCCGAAUCCAAAAAUUCUGGACCUGGAACCCAUUUCCGGAAACAUGUUUAAGAUUAAAUGGGAUCCUGGAGACACUACGACUGGUGGCGAUUUUUACGAGAUUAGGGAAGUUCGUUUUGACUAUGUUGAGUCCAUUAAGGGGGAUUUCAAAAUUUAUAGAGAACGAGCAGAAAUUUUAGAAAACGAUUUGGAAAAACACAUUUCUGAAAUUCAGAUGAAGUUGUUUGAAGGAGAAAAUUAUACUCUGAUCGGGAAUUUCAGAAAUAAUUUUUCAUGUCGGGCGGAGAGUACGCGGUCUUUCACAGCACCCAAGAAAAGCCAAUUCAGCGUUGGUGUUAUAAUUUUCGCUUUAAUCGGAGUGAUUUUAAUAUUAGUGGUGAUUCUGAAGUUCCAGAAUAUGGUAAAAUAUAAAACCAAAGUUCUGAAUGUCAUAAUUCCAGGCAGAAGAAGAAACCAUCAAGAUCCGGUUGCAUUGCGGUCUGAACAACUUCCGAUGACCACUAACUUCCGGUAUAUACCUGCUGAAAUUUCGGAAAGAGUGUUUGACGAAUACGAAUUCCCCAGAAACCGAAUUAUCAUCAAAGAAGUGAUAGGUAGCGGAGCUUUCGGACAAGUAUACUCUGCCAAAGCGAUAGGAAUCGGAGGCAUAGAAGGAUACAAAAUGGUCGCAGUGAAAACUUUGGGUGAAGGCGAACACAUAACUCGAGAAGCUAUCAACGAUUUUAUAGCAGAAAUCGAAAUUUUUAAGAAAAUUGGUCAACACCCGAACAUCGUGGCUCUCCUGGGUUGUUGUACCGUGGGCACCCCGUAUAUGAUGAUCAUGGAGUUUGUCCCUUGCGGCGACUUAAAAAAUUAUUUGUUAGAACUACGUGCACAGUGGCUCAAUAGAAAAAAUGUUUCCAUGAGCAGACAAAUUUUCUUUCCGGACAAUAGUGGGUCGUACAUAGAGCCGCCGUCACCCACCUCUUCAAAUUCCACAAAAACCAGCCGACUACCUUCAGUUUCUGAAAGCGCAUGCUCUAGUCCCGACGUUCCCAUGACCCCCCUCCUCGCCCACUACGCUAACGCCCUCGACAAAGUCCUCGACGACGCCGAGCUCCAAAAGUUCGCCCUUCAAAUCGCCAAGGGCAUGUCCCAUCUGGAAAAAAUCGGCGUCACCCAUCGGGAUCUCGCCGCUCGAAACAUCCUCAUCAACGAAUACAAGAUCCUUAAGAUCUCCGACUUCGGUCUGUCUCGUAGCGGCCUCUACAUCCACCACAAAACCAAGAAGCUACCAUUACGUUGGAUGGCCAUCGAGGCUAUCGCGGAGCAAAGGUAUGACAGCAAGAGUGACGUGUGGUCGUUCGGGGUGGUGCUCUGGGAGAUCGGGACUCUGGGGGCCUUUCCUUACGAAAGCGUCCCGGAUUCCUUCCUCCAGCAGUUUUUACAAUUGGGGUGGCGGCUGGAGCGACCCGAGAUUUGUACCAACGAGUUGUAUGGGUUGAUGGAGCAGUGCUGGGCCCGGAAUCCUGAAGAUAGACCGACGUUUCGGGAGUUGGUGGACGCGCUGGAUGUGAAGAAGAGGAAAGUUUACGUGAAUUUCAACCAGUUGAAUCCGACGUAUAUUUUUCCUCCGAGCGAUAUCGAAAAUUUUGCGGAAAAUCCUGUGCAGAUUGUGGACAUUCAUAUGUAGUGAAAGAAUUCGAGUUUUCGGAAUAGAUAUAAAUUUUGUAGUUUCAUUAGUCUAGUUAAAUUAAACUGGUAUUAUUUUGUAA